AUGAGUGGGGGGCACGUCUGCAUGGAGUGGCUCUCCUUCUGCCUCCUCCUGAGCGCCUGGAGCUGGGGGUGGAUGCCUGGGGGUGCUGCCAAGCCCAAGGGCCAGGGCUACCCACACAUGAACUCCAUCCGCAUCGAUGGCGACAUCACCCUCGGGGGGCUCUUCCCCGUGCAUGCCCGGGGGGCGGAGGGCAAGGCCUGUGGGGAGCUGAAGAAGGAGAAGGGCAUCCACCGGCUGGAGGCCAUGCUCUUUGCCCUGGACCGCAUCAACAACGACCCCGACCUGCUGCCCAACAUCACGCUAGGCGCCCGCAUCCUGGACACAUGCUCGCGGGACACGCACGCGCUGGAGCAGUCGCUGACCUUCGUGCAGGCCCUGAUUGAGAAGGACAGCACCGAGGUGCGCUGCGCCAGCGGCGGCCCCCCCAUCAUCACCCGGCCUGAGCGCGUGGUCGGUGUCAUCGGCGCCUCCGCCAGCUCCGUCUCCAUCAUGGUGGCCAAUAUCCUCAGGCUCUUCAAGAUCCCCCAGAUCAGCUACGCCUCCACCGCGCCGGACCUGAGCGACAACAGCCGCUAUGACUUCUUCUCCCGCGUGGUCCCCUCGGACACCUACCAGGCCCAGGCCAUGGUGGACAUUGUCAAAGCUCUCAAAUGGAAUUAUGUCUCCACCUUGGCCUCUGAGGGCAGCUAUGGGGAAAGUGGCGUGGAGGCCUUCAUCCAGAAGUCCAGGGAGGAUGGGGGGGUGUGUGUGGCCCAGUCUGUCAAGAUCCCUCGGGAGCCCAAGCCGGGAGAGUUCGACAAGAUCAUCCGGCGGCUGCUGGAGACCUCCCAUGCGCGUGCAGUCAUCAUCUUCGCCAACGAGGACGAUAUCAGGAGGGUGCUGGAGGCGGCCAAGAGGGCAAACCAGACAGGACACUUCAUCUGGAUGGGCUCUGACAGCUGGGGCUCCAAAAUCUCCCCAGUCCUGCACCUGGAGGAGGUGGCUGAGGGCUCUGUCACCAUCCUGCCUAAGCGAGUGUCUGUCAGAGGCUUCGAUCGCUACUUCUCCAGCAGGACCCUGGACAACAACCGCAGGAACAUUUGGUUUGCUGAGUUCUGGGAGGAAAACUUCCACUGCAAGCUGAGCCGGCACGCACUGAAGAAGGGCAGCAGCAUCAAGAAGUGCACCAACCGGGAGCGGAUUGGGCAGGACUCCUCCUACGAGCAGGAGGGCAAAGUGCAGUUCGUCAUCGACGCUGUCUAUGCCAUGGGGCAUGCUCUGCACAACAUGCACAAGAACCUCUGCCCUGGCAAGGUGGGGCUGUGCCCCAGGAUGGACCCCGUGGAUGGUGUGGAGCUGCUCAAGUACAUUCGCAACGUCAACUUCUCAGGCAUUGCUGGCACCCCUGUGACGUUCAACGAGAAUGGGGAUGCGCCAGGGCGCUAUGACAUCUACCAGUACCAGAUCAGGAACUCCACCCCUGAGUACAAAGUCAUUGGGCAGUGGACUGACCACCUGCACCUCAAGGUGGAGAACAUGCUGUGGCCAGGGGGCGGGAGCCAGCUCCCCAGUUCCAUCUGCAGCCUGCCCUGCAAGCCAGGAGAGAGGAAGAAGCUGGUGAAAGGCAUCCCCUGCUGCUGGCACUGCGAGCGCUGUGACGGCUACCAGUACCAGCUGGAUGAGUUCCACUGCAAGCGCUGCCACUUCAACGAGCGGCCCAACGAGAACCACACCAGCUGCACCCCCAUCCCCAUCAUCAAGCUGGAGUGGAGCUCGCCCUGGGCUGUGGUGCCCGUUUUCAUCGCCGUGGUGGGCAUCAUUGCCACGCUCUUCGUGGUGGUCACCUUCGUGCGCUACAACGACACCCCCAUUGUCAAGGCCUCGGGCCGGGAGCUCAGCUACGUGCUGCUGGCUGGCAUCUUCCUCUGCUACGCCACCACCUUCCUGAUGAUCGCUGAGCCUGACCUCAGCACCUGCUCCCUGCGCCGCAUCUUCCUGGGGCUGGGCAUGAGCAUCAGCUACGCCGCCCUGCUCACCAAGACCAACCGCAUCUACCGCAUCUUUGAGCAGGGCAAGAGGUCGGUGAGCGCCCCCCGCUUCAUCAGCCCUGCCUCCCAGCUCCUCAUCACCUUCAGCCUCAUCUCCCUGCAGCUCCUCGGUGUCUGCAUCUGGUUCAUCGUGGACCCCUCCCACUCUGUCAUCGACUAUGAGGACCAGCGGACUACCAACCCCCACUUUGCCAGGGGCGUCCUCAAGUGUGACAUUUCGGACCUGUCGCUCAUCUGCCUGCUGGGCUACAGCAUGCUGCUGAUGGUCACCUGCACCGUCUAUGCCAUCAAAACCCGUGGGGUGCCGGAGACCUUUAAUGAGGCCAAGCCCAUCGGGUUCACCAUGUACACCACCUGCAUUGUCUGGUUGGCCUUCAUCCCCAUCUUCUUCGGCACCUCGCAGUCAGCUGAAAAGAUGUACAUCCAGACCACGACACUCACCAUCUCGGUGAGCCUGAGUGCCUCGGUGUCCCUGGGCAUGCUCUACAUGCCCAAGGUGUACAUCAUCCUCUUCCACCCAGAGCAGAACGUCCCCAAGCGCAAGCGGAGCCUCAAGGCGGUGGUGACCGCAGCCACCAUGUCCAACAAGUUCUCCCAGAAGGGAGGGUUCCGCCCCAACGGGGAGGCCAAGUCAGAGCUCUGUGAAAACCUGGAAACCCAAGCACUGGCCACCAAGCAGACCUAUGUCAGCUACAGCAACCACGGCAUUUAG